GGACUUUCACGCGUGGUGCAUUUUGGGAGUCGUAUGUAAAUGAUCUUUCUCUUUUUCAUCCGCCAUCUUAYAAGGGUUCACGUGGUAGAAAACAUCUAUCAAGAUGGUGAACACGACUGGGUAUCGCCGAGGAACUCGGUAUAUGUUUUCUAGGGAUUUCAGGCGUCGUGGUGUUAUUCACUUGUCGACGUAUAUGAAAACCUACAAAGUUGCUGAUAUAGUCGACGUCAAAGCUAAUGGUGCUAUACAGAAGGGUAUGCCACACAAAAUCUAUCAUGGCAAAACUGGUAGAGUGUACAAUGUCACCAAACGAGCUCUUGGUGUAGUAGUUAACAAAAGAGUCAAGGGUAGAAUCUUGGCCAAGAAGAUCAAUGUUCGCAUUGAGCAUGUGAAGCACUCAAAGUGUCGCGAUGAUUUCCUUAGGAGAGUUAAGGAGAAUGAACUGAAGAAAAAGGAGGCCAAGGCUGCUGGCACAACUGUCAAAUGCAAACGACAGCCUGCCCAACCUCGUCCAGCCCACUUUGUAAAAACAAAGAGAAAUAAACCUACAACCCUACAACCACUUCCUUACGAGUUUGUCAUCUAAGGAAUUGAAUUAAACUUGAAAUCUCUUUGUC